CCUCUGCUUUUCUGUCCUGUUUGCUAAAUCUUCAUUUCCAGAAAAGAACAGUGGAUCUGAAAUUCUAUUUGGCUGAGUUGGGAAUUACAUGAUCUGAUGAUGAGGCAUUUCCUUUGGAUGUUGUUCUUUCAAGGCUUUUGGUGUUAUGAAAACCCACUGAGGAUCAAUCCCAAUUCCUUGGAGGCCUGGACAGGAUCCUGUGUCUUAUUCCCAUGUCAGAUUGACGAAAGAAUAAAUUCUAGGAAAAUUGUUGCCACCUCUGUGGUUUGGUAUUUUCAGCCUGUUUUGAAUAUGACUGUAUUUGACUAUGUUGGCAGUGUCUUAUAUAAUAAUUCCAGAUUCCCAAAUGAGCACACAUACCUACCAAGUCCCGAUUUUCAGGGGCGAGUGAGGUUUGUUGGGGAUUUAACAAAUGGAAAUUGCAACUUGAUGAUUACUCAGCUCCAGAAAAAAGACAAUGGCACAUAUGUGAUAAAAGUGACUGCAACUGUGGAAAAUCAACUUAAUCCACAGAUACUUCAUACUUCAGCUACACUGAAAGUUUCUGAGUUGUUUCCAAUUCCCAAAUUGGAAAUCUUGAAAUGUCAAGAAAGAUGGGCCCUGCAGGUGGCUUGUUUCCAUUGUGAUGAAAAUCCAAUAAGCAUAGUCCCUAAAAUUUUGUCUGCUUGGGAAAAAUCCUGCGUGGUGAUUCCGUGCCAUAUUAACCAGAUGCUCAGUUCUGGAACAGUCAAUGUCACAGGCAUAGUGUGGAAUUUUAAGCCUUUGGGAAAGCAUACCUGGAGCGAGGGGGAAACUAUCCUGUUGUAUAACAGUUCUCAAACCUCUGGAACCAUCACAACUGUAUCUGAGGAUGCUUUACCAAGCCGGACAUGGUUCAUUGGGAAUUUAACAAAUAGAGAUUGCAGUUUGUUGAUCAGUCCAGUGCGAACACUUGACAGUGGCAUAUAUAAAGUAAAGACGACUGUUUCCGUUGACAAAUACCCAUGGCAAUUCAAGCGGUCCCUUAGUGCUUCACUGAAUGUUACAGGUAAGAAAUGUUCAGUCUCUUAUGGCUUUGGUUUUUAUCUUGUUGCAGUUGCUCCCAGGAAAGUCAGAAUUCAGAAAGAUCCAAGAGGCCAGAUUGAUGAAGGCAUGAAUGUUGUGUUGCAUUGCGAUGUGGGUGAAGCAAAUCCCACAAAUCUCUCUUAUACGUGGUAUAAAGAUGGGGAAAUGAUUUUAUGGAAUUCUCCCCAUGCACACUUGAACCUUACAAACAUAGAUCCAGCACAAUCUGGCAGAUACUGGUGUGAAGCCAGUAAUAGUAUGGGCAAGACACCUUCUCCAUCAAUCGCACUUCACAUUAUCUGUGAGCUUAAACUUACAAUGAGGUGUUUCUUAUGGCUGCUCUUCCUUCCAGGUUCUCUAGGUGAUCCAUUAUCUGUGAUACCCCAAACGCUAAGGGCUUGGGAGGGAUCUUGUGUAAUCAUUUCAUGCAAAAUCGAAGAGGAGCAUGAAAGUCGACAUAUCCACCAGGUGUCCUUUGCUUGGUAUUUUAAUCCUUCAUUUGAUAACGGCAUAGGAGAUUACACUGGAACGCUCUUAUAUAAUAGCAACCAGACAGUAGCUGAAGUCAGUUCGGAGUUUCGCAAUCGAGUGACAUUUGUGGGUGAUUUAGGACGCAAAAACUGCAGUUUGAAAAUUUCCCAGCUCCACCAAAGUGAUACAGGCACUUAUGGGAUCAGACUUUAUUGGAAAGCUGGAAACUUGCCUGAGCAACAGAAAUGGUUCUUUAAAGUUAGUAUUAGAGUUUAUGAAACCCCUUUACAACUGAUAGAUACGUGGUCCCCACAAAUGAAAGAAGGCAGCAAGUAUAGAGUGGAAUGUUCAAUACCUUAUCAUUGCUUUGCUGAGCCCAUAAAAUUGUCUAUCGAAGGACUAGAAGAUCAUCACGAGUUCUCCCCAGAAAUGACCACUGAAACCCAGAGAGUAAAGGUUGAAGGGUUUUUCACGGCCACAUCGGAGGACCAUGAGAAACAAUUGACAUGCUUGCUAAAACCCCACAAAGGGACAGAAAUAAGGAAAAAGUUUGCAAAUCUGAUGGUGAAAUAUGGUCCCAAAGGAGUUAAACUGAAUGCUGACCGUGAAGGCACACUCAGAGAGGGAAACAAACUCACUCUGGAAUGUAUAGUUGGCAGCAGUAAUCCUGCUGUGGACUCUUUUCAGUGGUUUAAGAAUGGUGAAAGAUGGAACAAUGGGCAAUGGGGCGCCAGAAGAGAGUUUUAUAGUUUAAAAGACACAGAUUCUGGAAAUUACAGGUGUCAAGUUGGUAACAGCAUUAGAAGUAUCAGUUCUAAAGAUCUGAACAUCGACGUCCAGUAUCUGCCAAAAGUCAGCAUUAAUGGAAUGCCGCGACUACCCAUCCGAGAAAACGACAAAGUGGUUUUGAAAUGUUCAGCCAUUGGCAACCCUGCCGUCAACAGUUAUGAAUGGUACAAAAGCAGCACAUCUGGUAUUAUCAUGGAUGGACCGGAACUGCGAUUUGAGGGAAUUCAACCCAGCAAUUCUGAUACCUAUCAUUGUAUGGCCCGCAACGAGAUUGGCCAUUCAAAUCGCUCUGUCACACUGAAUGUUAAUUAUCGCCCCAAGAAUGUCCAACUUUUUCCUUUAAAUCCUUUGCCCGUCAAGGAAGGAGACACAGUCAUUUUGAACUGUACUGUGGGCAGUAGCUACCCCAGCAUCAAUAAUUACAAUUUUUUAAAGUCAACCACCUUCAUGUCCACAAGUGACCAUCGCUACUCGGCAUUGACAUUUUUCGCAGUACCUGAACUCUCAGUGCCUUACAGUUGUCAAGCAUGUAAUAAUCUUGGCUGCACUUCCUCCCCAAGCAUCCUUUUGGAUGUCCUCUAUGGCCCCAAGGACCUCAAGCUCAACCGAGAACCUUCGGGAUUGGUCCUCGAAGGUGAUCCUGUUCGCCUGACUUGUAGUGUGGGAAAGGCCAACCCCAAGACACUCAGCUACACCUGGUAUAAAGAUGGAGAACGUCUGCCUCUGAACUCUACAGAAAGUGUUCUAUUCAUCCAGAAUGCCCAGUCAAUGGAUUCUGGCAGAUACCAUUGUGUUUCAAAAAACAUCAUAACAAAUGCGAUGUCUCCAUCUAUUAGGCUGGAAGUGAAUUACGGGCCUCGUAACGUUCAUGUAACUCUAGACAAGAAAUCUGUUACUGAAGGAAUGGAUGUUUAUUUGAAAUGUGAUAAUGAUGCUUACCCAUUAGUGGAUACUUACAAGUGGUAUUGGAAAGGAGAAGAAAUCUUUAUGGAGAAUUCCAAAAUCUUAGUACUCAGGAAAAUUAAGCCUGAGCAGUCAGGAGAAUAUCUUUGCAAAGCAUUCAAUUCUGUCUCUAAUAAGGAAUCACAGCUCCUCACCAUUAGUGUAUCCUGUGAGUAUUUCCCUUGAAAAAAUAUUGUUACAGUUCCAAUGUUCC